UAGCUUUCGCAACAACAAUCAUCCGCCCAUAGACAAUCAACAAACUGAAAUGAAAAUGUCCGUCGUAAAAGAAACGUUUUUAUUUUACUUUGUGACUGUGUAACGAUUGUGGUUAGCUAUGUGAAAUAUUUUAUAGUAUUUAUUAUCAUCCAAGUGUACAAUAAUCUAGAAAAAUGAUCGUUCAAGAGCCCAUACAGGUUAUCGUUUGGGAUUGUCUUAAUAAUUAUGAAUUUGACAAUGCUAUUUUCCUGGCUGAGAGAUUACACGCUGAGGUUGCAUCGGAAGAAACUGCAUUUUUAUUGGGUACUUGUUACUACAGAGCUAGACGUCUGAAUGAAGCCCAUUAUUUGCUACAAAAUAUACCACUUACAUUGCCACAGGCCCGAUUUCUUUUAGCUAAAUGUUGUGUAGAUCUAAAACUGUACAAGGAUGCUGAAAUUGCUCUAGGAACAAAUUUAGACAUUGUUGCCUCCGAGUUUGGGGAACAGGCACCCUACGCUCUGCAACUACUCGCAAAAAUAUUUAAUACAACAGAAAGAAGAACAAAGGCGGCUGAUGCCUCAAGGAAAGCACUCGCUCUUAACCCCUUCAUGUGGAAAUCAUUUCUGCAACUAUGUAACAUGGGUGAAAAAGUAGAACCUCAUCAGGUAUUCCAAAUAAACAAUGCUGAAUUUACAUUUGGUGUAUCGACAUUAGUUAAUCUAGUCAGUAACUCAGAGAAUAUAUCAUUUGUUAAUAGUAACAUUCCUAAUAAUGCUAAUAUGAAUGCCAAUGUUACUCCAAAUAAUGUGUCAAAUCGUACACCUAUGACAAUGUCAACGAGCAUCACACCCGAGACACAGGCACCUGUGAAAAGGAUGCACAGUGUUUUUAGUGGAAUGGCCCCAAUACCAUUUUCACCGUCUUUCGGAAUGCUACCUAUGGAAGAAUCUCCUAUAUUAUAUACGCCAACUCUCACAGAUUCAAACGAGCAGAAGGCUAUUCCAAAGAUUGUUAACUCAUUAAGAGCACAUGUUGGUCAGUUGAAAGAUGCCGUGUUCAGUCCCGGUCCAAGAUGUACACUUGGUCCGGCACCCCGGAGAUCGUCAAGGUUGUUUAGCAAUAACAAUAGCAGUUAUUCAGUAAAAGAAAACAAUAAGUCACCAAGUAGGAAAUUUGUCGCACCAAAAAGCCCAAGAAAAAAUAAACAGCGGACAGCUAAAAAUAUCAAAAGCAACUCUGACACCAAUGAGAGAACUAAAAAUAUAGAAACUUUAACGCCUACGAUAACGCCAAAGAAUACGAAUGGUGUAGCAUUGUUGAACCUGCUUAAAGAGUUAGGAGAGGCUUAUAAAUCCCUAACACUUUUAGAUUGUAAGAAUGCAAUUAAGUUAUUUCAAGAAAUACCGCCCAAACAGCUAGCGUCGCCGUGGGUUCAGACUAUGAUCGCUCGGGCUCACUAUGAACUGGCACAAUACGACGCUGCAGCUAAAAUAUUCGCCGAAAUAAGAAAACAACACCCAAACAGAACUGAAGGGAUGGAUAUAUAUAGUACUUGUUUAUGGCAUCUUCAACGUGAAGCACAGUUAUCAGCUCUAGCGCAAGAGUUAGUCGAAUUAGACAAAAACAAUUCAAUUUCAUGGCUAGCAGCCGGUAACUGCUUCUCACUUCAUAAAGAGCGUGAAACAGCUUUGAAAUUCUUCAAGCGAGCUGUUCAAAUCGACCCCGAAGCAGCAUAUGCUCAUGCUUUGUUAGGUCACGAAUAUGCUGUAGCUGAAGAAACAGAUAAAGCGCUGACAAGUUUCCGCACGGCUGUAAGUAUUGAUCCUCGUAAUUACGUUGCCUGGUUCGGUAUUGCAACGGUUUACGCCAGACAGGAACGUUGGAAAGCAUCAGAGGUUCAUAUUCGCAGAGCCCUGGCUGUGCAUCCCCAUUCUGGUGUCCUGAGAUGCCAACUGGGUUUGGCACAAGCCGCUUUAGGCAAAAUGGACCGAGCGCUCGCUACUUUAGAAAGAGCCGUGGCAUUGGACACAGAAAAUCCUCUGUGCAGAUUUCAUAGGGCUUCAGUCUUGCUCAGAGCGGGGAGACCUCAGGACGCCCUAUCUGACUUGCAUCAUUUGAAAGACAUUGCACCAAGAGAAUCGUUAGUUUAUUAUUUACUUGGGAAGGUGCACAACAAACUUGGAAAUUCCCACCUAGCCCUGAUGCACUUCAGCUGGGCUACAGAUUUGGAUCCUAAAGGUACCGGUGGACACAUUAAAGAAGGCUUUGACCCCUCCAAGCAAGAAGACCCUCCGGAAAGAACAUCUUAGAUUAUCUGACAAUAACAUGGAACAGCCUGAAGUCGUUAGCCUCAUGGUCAUAUCUGACUGAAAUCUCUUGUAUAUAAGGCGCUCACCCUUCGAACUCCGAAUUGACACCAAAUCUUCCAAACAUAGCUUUAUGGAGAUCGAAUGGUGUGUGAUCGCAUUUAGUUGAUAUAGUAGUAAGGGCGUAUGUGGACUUGUUUAUAUAGAGUAAGUUGUGGAUAUUCCUAAUGUUAUCCUAUAGUAUAUUAAAUAUCUUGUAUAGCAAACAACUCUUGAAAUUAACUACGAUGAUUGUGCUUUUGAAAGACCUAAAUACGUCAGGCCUUGAUCUCGAAGCAUAAUUACAUACUAAAUUAUAAAAAAAAAAAGUAAUAUCAUUGACUCCGCAAUAAUUUUAUUGCCAACAUUAAUUAUCUAUGCCUCAAUAACUGAUGGUAUCGUCUAUAAAAAAAAAAAUAUUUUUAAUUGUCCUGAAAAAUAAAAGUUCACGACAACCGCUGGCGGUGUUUCAUUAUUAUAGAAUUAGUAAUCAAUUUUGUAAUAUAAAAUUCCUUUAUAUUAUAUUUACAACAUUUGAAUACAAAUCGAUUAUAUUGCAUGAUUUUUUUUUUUUAAAUUUGUUAUGUAUAAAAGGCUGUAAUGCUACUCGGAUGUUAGGUAUCGAUGCGGUAUGUGUAGACGCAGCUUAUAUAAUUCGGAUAUUAUGUGUACAAAAUAACAAAACUUAGUUCAUAGAGUAUUUAUCGAAUGGUUUCGUGUUGUUUGUAAAAUAAAAUUCACCAUUGUUUGUCUUUGAAUCACCGGUCAACUGCUAGCUCUGUAAAGACAUUGUACACCAUGAUUAUAUGUGAACUAUAAAAAUAACAUUAAAUUA